AUGGCACAAGAACAACCCAAGAGGCCCUCCAAAGAAGAAGAGAUGAUGAAGAAAGAAGAAACAAACAGUGAAAGAUUCAGAUUCAAUGCCCAAGCGCCCGAAUUCGUGCCGAGAACGAAAACCCAGAUGCCGGUUUCGGGCUAUUUCCACCCUUGCUUUCAUAUUCUUGGAGGGUCUGCUGAUUCCCCUGACUGGCUUUUUGUUGAAGACCAUGACCCACCUUCUUAUUGGAUCUCCAAUCUCAAUAUUUCCUUGCCCAACAAUUCCUCCAAGAAUGCCCUCCCUGAUGAUCUUCAGCAUAAGAUCAUUAAACAGGUGGAAUACCAAUUCAGUGACACAAGUCUGCUUGCAAAUGAAACUUUGGCCAAACACACAAGUAAAGAUCCUCAAGGUUAUGUUCCUAUAUCUGUCAUUGCUUCCACAAAAAAGAUCAAGUCUCUUACCACUAACAACAAUGUGCUCGCUCAAGCGCUUCGAUCCUCUUCAAAGCUUGCGGUAAGCAAUGACGGGAAGAAAGUUAAACGAAAGCACCCUUUUACGGAGAAAGAUAGAGAGGGAUUGCAGUCUCGUACGGUUGUGGCUGAGAAUUUGCCUGAAGAUCAUUCUCAUCAGAAUCUCGAGAAAAUAUUUCGCGUCGCGGGAAGUGUGAAAACUGUCCGAGUAUGCCAUCCUCAAGAAUCAAAUUCUUCUCGUUCUAAAGGCGAUUUCUUGGUCAGCAACAAGCUCCACGCGCUCGUGGAGUACGACACAACGGAAAUGGCUGAGACAGCGGUAGAGAAGUUAAAUGAUGAAAGGAACUGGAGAAAAGGUCUCCGAGUAAGGUUGCUGCUAAGAUGCUCGCCAAAAUCCGUCUUGAAGAACCGAAGAUCGGAAUUCGAUGGCAUCUUAGACGCUGAUGAUGCACCCCUCACUGAAUCUGCAGAAGACGCAUUUCAUUCAAGCCAAAGAGAAUCCAUCACUGAGACUAAUGGUGAAGAGAGUUCAACUGGACAGAAGAAGGGAUGGGGACGGGUGCGGGGAAAGGCCCAGGGACGGGCUUCGAACCACAUUGGACGAGGGCUGCUUGCCCCAUCUCCACAAUCAAGCAAUGGUAACCAGGGUGAAGUGUCUCCCAAACAGAGUCCCAAGGGUCCAAGAAUGCCAGAUGGAACUAGGGGCUUCACCAUGGGAAGAGGAAAGCCAUUAAGAACCUAA